CUGGGCCGCACCCUGCGCACCGCCGUCCCGCAGCGCUCCGACAUCUUCCGCGAGCUGGGGCCGAGGCUGUCCCGCCUGGGGCAAACAUUGCGGGACCAGCUGCCGGAAUCUGAGGGGGCCUGGAACCCACUGCACUCCCACCAGAUCUGCCCCCCACCCCCAGAGCGAGCAGAUGUGGUGGUGGCGGGGGGGGGCGUGCUGGGCUGGUCGGUUGCCUACUGGCUGAAGACACUGGAGAACAGGCGGCAUGGCAUGCGGGUGGUGGUGGUGGAGCGAGACCCCACGUAUUCCCAGGCUUCCACUGUGCUGUCUGUGGGGGGCAUUCGGCAGCAGUUCUCCCUGCCUGAAAACAUCCGCCUGUCUCUGCAAUCUGCCACCUUUCUCCGUACUAUCAACGAGCACCUGUGGGUGCCCAACGAGCCCCCCAUUGACCUUCAGUUCCAGCCCUCGGGAUACCUCUUCUUGGCGUCUGAGCAUGGUGCUGCCACCCUGGAAGCUGGCAUCAAGGUGCAGAGGGAAGAGGGCGCCAAGGUGGUCCUGCUCUCCCCUAGUCAACUGAAGGCCAAGUUCCCAUGGAUAAACACAGAGAAUGUGGCCGUGGCGUCCUACGGGCUGGAGAACGAGGGCUGGUUUGACCCUUGGUCCCUCCUCAACGCCUUCCGAAGGAAAGCCAUGUCCCUGGGCGUCUACAGCUGCGUCGGGGAGGUGACAUCUUUUGUGACGGACACCGCAGACAACACUCCAGGCAUGCCACUGGGCGUUGGCCGUGUGAAAUAUGUUAAUGUGCGCCUUCCCGACAGCCCGGAGCAGCAGCCCGUCUCCUGUGCCAUCGUGGUGGUCGCCGCCGGCGCCUGGACUGGGAAACUGCUGGACUCAGCCACGGCCGGGCUGCGGGGCAGCCUCGCGUUGAGCCCCCUCCCCAUAGAGCCCCGCAAGAGGUACGUGUACGUGUGGCACUGCCCUGGCGGGCCGGGCCUGGAGACGCCAUUCGUCAUUGACACUUCAGGAGCCUAUUUUCGGCGCGAAGGCAUUGCUGGCAACUAUCUAGGGAGCAUGAGCCCACCAGAGGGCCGUGAGCCGGACACAGGGAACCUGGAGGUGGAUCACGACUUCUUCCAGGAGGAGGUGUGGCCGCGGCUGGCACACCGCGUGCCCGCCUUCCAGUCACUGAAGGUGAAGAGCGCGUGGGCCGGCUACUACGACUACAACACCUUCGACCAGAACGGAGUGCUGGGCCCACAUCCGCAGCUGCAGAACAUCUUUGUGCUGGGGGGGUUCAGUGGGCACGGCCUGCAGCAGUCCCCUGCUGCCGGGAAGGCGGCUGCUGAGCUGCUGCUGUACGGCUCCUGCACGGCUGUGGAUGUCAGCAGGCUGGCGCCUGGGCGGCUGUGGGGGAGUGAGCCUCUGCUGGAGGCGGCCAUCGUCUGAGCGGGAGCAGCCCCGGGGGUGGGUGCUGGGGGUGGGGGGCA